AUGCAACAGCCUAUAGGUACCACUUUACCAAAUGCAUUUCCCAAUGGUGGGUCAUCACUUCACCAACGCCUGCAAACAGCUGUUGAUAUCUCUGCUCAUGCCAGAAGGAUUGAUGUACCACCAAACGUACUGUUGGCUCAGUGUUCAAAUGUGGGAAUGAUACAAGGAAUGAAUGGGGGGAUGAUCAAAUCCGAAGUUGGAUAUGUCGGAAAUUCUCAGUACUUGUUUGGUGCUAAUGGUAGUGUCUUGGAAACAUGUCCUGCUAUUGGGGAUGCUUCUUGUUCAUCUUUCAGCAGCAUAGAAUCUAAUUUGCAACCACUGAAUGGAACAAUCCUGGAUGCCAAUGUCUCUUCAAUUGGACUUUUAGGACAGAUACCUCGAAACUUCAGUCUAUCAGACUUGGCAGCUGACUUUUCUAAUAGUUCGGGUUCUCUUUCUAUCUAUAUAUUGGAGAGCUACUCCAGGUCACCCUUCCAGGCAGCAGGUACAGACAAUUACUUCGAUCCAAGUGAUAGGGGAGACCACCAAGGAGACGGUAAGAGGUUGGACACUAUAUCAGAAGGCUUCGGUUAUGAAGAUUUUGGCAGUGAUUGA